CGAGGUGCAACCAUUGUGUAAAAACGCGCUACUUUUCCUCCGCUUGUCUUGAAAGUAAACGAUACGGAACGAAGAUCUACAGAAUGCCCAAGAACAAGAAAAAAGAAUCUUCAACAGAUUCUGAUACCAGCUUCGAAGAUCGUACACCGGCGAAGCAAGCGAAGAAGGAAAGCAAAUCUUCGGAUACCGGCAAUGAUCCAAAUGUCUUCGAAUUGGACAAAAACCGCAAAGUGACGGUAAAUGAAUUCAAGGGUAAAGUGUACGUUGGCAUUCGAGAAUAUUACAACAAGGAUGGGAAAGAUUUACCUUCCAAGAAAGGUAUUAGCCUCACUGUACCGCAAUGGAAGAAGCUGCUCGAGCAAGCUGAUGCUAUCAACGAGCAAAUAAAGAAGUUCUAAGAGCGCUGAUGCCGCACACAGUUCCUAUCCGUAAAUGCGUUUUCUCCCUGCAGCAAAGCACACCGUUGUAAACUUCUUGUUUUGUUAAUAAAUUACUGCUUUCCUGCGUGGUUUGGCAGGAGU